UGAUACCAGCGGUGGUAACCAUUUCGUUAAAUUUUAAGACUCAGAGCUGAAUACCGACUUUUAUUGAUAACAAACAAGUAACACAAAAGUCACAAACACCUAAACUGGUUGCAAUUUUGCAUUAUCACUUAGCGAAAUGGGAAACAAUUAGUUUGCCAAAGACAGUGCACAUAACUAGACGUGGGUAACUAUAUACUUUAAAUAAAGUUUUGUACCUAUACUUCUACUUGUUUACCAACUGUUAUUGUACAAAAAAAAAAACAAAUACAUUCAUAUUUAUGAGCGCAUCUGUUCAAAGUGCAAUAAGAAGUGCUUGAGUGAAAUUCGUGAAUAUGAUCGCGUUACUACUUUUUCUACUGCUGGGUACAUUACUCUUUUGGUUUAUUAAACAUCAAUAUUCUUAUUGGAAUCGUCGCAAUUUUCCCUGUGAUCCGGAUACGAAUAUUCCUUGCGGUUGUUUAACAUCUGUAGUUAAACAUGAGAAAUCUAUGGGAGUGGCAUUAUAUGAUGCCUAUGUGAAGGCCAAAUCCCCGUUCAUUGGUAUUUAUUUGCUUUUCCGGCCGGCCGUAAUGAUACGCGAUGCCGAAUUGGCGCGUCAAAUACUCAUACAAGAUUUUACCAGCUUCCAUGAUCGCGGGGUGUAUGUAGAUGAGAAGCGUGAUCGUAUGUCAUGCAAUUUAUUUUCGCUGCGCGGUCAAAGUUGGCGUACACUGCGUCAAAAGUUGACACCAACCUUCAGUUCGAGCAAAUUGAAAGCAAUGUUUCACACCUCCGAUGAUAUUGGUGACAAAAUGGUUGAUCAUCUUAAUAAAAUCCUGCCGGAUGAGGGUAGAGCGGAAGUAGACAUCAAGGAAAUUCUUGUAACUUAUGCUAUCGACAUAAUCGGUUCGGUUAUCUUCGGCUUAGAUAUAAACAGUUUUGAAGAUCCCAAAAAUAAAUUCAGAUGUUUAGUACACCAAGCACGUCGCAAUAACUUAAUUAAUGCAAAUAUUGGAAUGUUAAUAUUCUUGUGUCCAUCCAUAGUAAAAUACUUGGUUCGUUUGGGUUUUAAGAAUAAAACUGCUAUUGGAUUACGUGAAAUAUUAAAAGACACAAUUGAAUACCGCGAAAAACAUAAUAUUGUACGCAAGGAUAUGCUGCAGUUGAUGAUGCAACUAAGAAAUACGGGCAAAAUUACCGAAGAUGAUGACAAUUGGAGCACAAAGGCCAAUACAACCACUGGUGAAGAGAAUGAAUUUACUUUGGACGACAUAGCGGCACAGGGUUUCAUUUUCUAUAUUGCCGGUCAGGAGACUACUAGUUCAGCAGCGGCUUUCACCAUUUUUGAGUUGGCUCAACAGCCAGAUUUGUUGGCGCGUGCGCAGAAUGAAGUGCAUGAGGUGUUGGCACGCCAUAAUGGCCAGUUAAGUUAUGAUGCUUUGCAGGAAAUGCCGUUCUUGGAUUUGUGUUUACAAGAAACUAAUCGCAAGUAUCCAUUCCCCUUUUUGAGUCGGGAAUGCACACGGGACUACACUAUACAUGGCACCAAACAUGUGAUCGAAAAAGGCACACCCAUUGUCAUUCCACUACUUGGCAUACACCGUGAUCCACAAUAUUUUACGAAUCCAAUGAUAUAUGACCCCGAUCGCUUUUCACCUUCCAAUCCCAAUUUUAAUGCCAACGCUUACAUGCCAUUCGGUGCUGGACCACGUCAAUGCAUUGCUCUACGUAUGGGUAAAAUUAAUUCGAAAUUGGGUCUUGUAAAAAUUUUACAGAAUUUCGAUGUGGAAGUGAUGAGCAAACGUGAAAUCAUCAUAGAUAAUUAUUCGGUGGGAAUUCAACCGAAGGGGGGCGUAAAAGUACGCCUCUCAAAGAAAUCAAAACCGUGUAAUGUGAAAUUCAUGAAUAUGAUCGCGUUACUACUUUUUCUACUGCUGGGUACAUUACUUUUCUGGUUCAUUAAACAUCAAUAUUCUUAUUGGAAUCGUCGCAAUUUUCCAUGUGAUCCGGAUACGAAAAUUCCUUACGGUUGUUUAACAUCCGUAGUUAAACAUGAGAAAUCUAUGGGAGCGGCUUUAUAUGAUGCCUAUGUGAAGGCCAAAUCCCCAUUCAUUGGUAUUUAUUUGCUUUUCCGGCCGGCCGUAAUGAUACGCGAUGCCGAAUUGGCGCGUCAAAUACUCGUACAAGAUUUUACCAGCUUCCAUGAUCGCGGGCUGUAUUUAGAUGAGAAGCGUGAUCGUAUGUCAUGCAAUUUAUUUUCGCUGUGUGGUCAAAGUUGGCGUACACUGCGUCAAAAGCUGACACCUACCUUCAGUUCGAGCAAAUUGAAAGCAAUGUUUCACACCUCCGAUGAUAUUGGUGACAAAAUGGUUGAACAUCUUAAUAAAAUCCUGCCGGAUGAGGGUGGUGUGGAAGUAGACCUCAAGGAAAUUUUUGUGACUUAUGCUAUCGACAUAGUCGGUUCGGUUAUCUUCGGCUUAGAUAUAAACAGUUUUGAAGAACCCAAAAAUAAAUUCAGAUGUCUAGUACGCCAAGCACGUCGCAAAAACUUAAUUAUGUUAAUAUUCUUAUGUCCAUCCAUAGCAAAAUAUUUUGUUCGUUUCGGUUUUAAGAAUAAAACUGCUAUUGGUUUACGUGAAAUAUUAAAAGACACAAUUGAAUACCGCGAAAAACAUAAUAUUAUACGCAAGGAUAUGCUGCAGUUGAUGAUGCAACUAAGGAAUACAGGCAAAAUCGCCGAAGAUGAUGACAAUUGGAGUACAAAGGCCAAUACAACCACUGGUGAGGAAAAUGAUUUUACUUUGGACGACAUAGCGGCACAGGGUUUCAUUUUCUAUAUUGCCGGUCAGGACUCUACUAGUUCGGCAGCGGCUUUCACCAUUUUUGAGUUGGCUCAAUAUCCAGAUUUGUUGGCGCGUGCGCAGAAUGAAGUGCAUGAGGUGUUGGCACGCCAUAAUGGCCAGUUAAGUUAUGAUGCUUUGCAGGAAAUGCCGUUUUUGGAUUUGUGUUUACAAGAAACUAUGCGCAAGUACCCAUUCCCCUUUUUGAGUCGAGAAUGCACACAGGACUACACUAUACCCGGCACUCAGCAUGUGAUCGAAAAAGGCACACCCAUAGUCAUUCCACUACUUGGCAUACACCGUGACCCACAAUAUUUUACGAAUCCAAUGGUAUAUGACCCCGAUCGCUUUUCACCUUCAAACCCCAAUUUUAAUGCCAACGCUUACAUGCCAUUCGGUGCCGGACCACGUCACUGCAUUGCUCUACGUAUGGGUAAAAUUAAUUCGAAAUUGGGUCUUGUAAAAAUUUUACAGAAUUUCGAUGUGGAAGUGAUGAGCAAACGUGAAAUCAUCAUAGAUAAUCAUUCGGUGGGAAUUCAACCGAAGGGGGGCGUAAAAGUACGCCUCUCAAAGAAAGCAAAACUGUGUAAUUAAAUGUGCUUCUUACAAUAUGUGAAAUUAAUGAACGCUUAUAUAUAGCUCUUAAGGCAGUGGCGGAUCCACGGGGGGGGGGGAAAUUAGGAAAAUUUCCCCCCCCUUGGAACCGCAGAACCUGAAAAUUUCACUUGUUUGCUAGAAAAAAUUCUCUGCAAUAAAAAAAAAUGAAAAUACAACAGUGACACUCUUCUCACCAAAUACACUAUGGAAAUCACAACAAGAUACUCAGUGGCGUAGCUAC